AAGCUAGAAGUGUGGCAUCUAUCCAGCCGCGCAGAAUGGUUCGCGGAUUGAAUACUCCGUACUCAAUUCUUGUGACUAUUCGCUCUAUUUUGUGCCGCCUUUGAAAGCUUAUUCACGUUCGCUCUGAAAGUCCCGAGUCGUAUUGUUAAGUCAGGUUGACUCGAAGUAUCUGAUUAUGAAUCCCGGUUCCAAUGUGGGAGAUGUCCCCGAAUCGACUCAAGGCUCAGCCUCAUCAUCAAUUGAAGAUAUAUAUCAGUCUUUAGAUUCAGGCCGCUUUCAAAUACGUCUCCUUCUGCUAUCUCCUGGCGAAGUAAAGGAUCCGAUUUGCGGUGCUCUCGAUGUUGUGUCUUUGGACGAUCAUGCGAAAUAUGAAGCACUCUCUUAUGUGUGGGGUCAAGACAAAGCGGCUACGCCUAUGGUCAUCGGAAGGACAAAUAUUUCACUUACGCGGAAUUUGGAUACCGCGCUACGACACUUGAGAUACCGUGACUCGGCUCGAGCUCUAUGGGUCGAUGCGAUAUGCAUCUAUUUCGAUCGAUCCCCAACGGAAUACCGCCGAAACUUGAGGUUUGGACCUCUGUUUUCUGAGGGGUUUCGUUUUGCAAGUCGGAUCCGCUUUUAUCUGCCUGCGCGUCUCCUUACCUAUUCUUCGUCUCGAUGUAUGCACCCUUGCUUUAAAGUGCACGAAUUACCUCAAGUCUAAAUGAAGCUAUUCCUAGCUAUCUCUAUACUGUCAAUUAAUUUUAACCCCCAUUAAUCGCAGACAGCGCCGCUAACCAACCGCGUUGGAAGUGAAAAG